AUGAUUGAGAUAUGUGAAAAACAGACAAACUCUUCCAAAGGGAAAGUUUGGUUUGACGGGGUGAAAGAGUUGGAUGAUUCUUAUUUGGAUACUGUGCUUCCUCUGGACAGCGAGAAGUGGGUCUUGUCAAUAGAGGAAUACUGGGACAACCAUGGAGAUGCUAGUGAUGACUCUGCCGGGCGAGACUACAUGUCCGAGGAGACAGACCCCGAGACUGUGGAGGCCAAAGUUGACACCAAGGAGACCCUGAGUGACGAGGCGUUGAAGUGGAUCGAAUCCGUGGAGAGCUCGUUCCUCGACCAGAGCGGGGGAGACAAGGACGAGCCUUCAGCUCCAUCCUCCGCCUCGACAUGCAAAGUAGCAUCUACCUCUGGAAAGGACGGAGUGCAGUCCGCAGCGUCCGCAGCCUCGAAGCCACAGCAGGACGCCCAGCAGCCUGCCAAGGGCAAGGGCCAAGAUGCUCCUAAUGCUCACCAUCGGGAACCUGGAGUGCAGGAGCGCAGGAGCAGGAUGUUUCCAGACCUCGUGAUAUCUGUCUCCGAGUGGCGGGAGGGCAACGGUCCACUGCAGCAUCACUACCAAGUGAGAUCUGGGCCGAUGCAGGAGCCUUUCAAGGCAGAUGAGAAGCGGAACUAUCACCUGCCGAUGAAUGCAUACCCGAUGCGGCAGCCAACGGCCGCUGCAGUUGUUGCUGGGCUGCACGGGUACGGGGGAGUGAAGAGGAAGCCCAACGACCCUCCUGGGCAAUCAGUGCCCCGUGUGACGUUCCACAGCUCUGUUGUCAAGUACGUGGAGCAGAAGGGGAACGGGAAGGACAAGAGCGGAGGAAAGGAAUUGGUGGACAGUGCGGGACUCAAGUUCGAAGACUGCCUGGAGGUGAAGCCCAGGCCCCGUCGAAGGAGCUGGGGGCAGGGCAGCAAGCAGACUCUGGGAGGUCGUCCGCAGAAUGAUCAAGAUGCGAGCAUCGUUCCCGUCAAGCUCAGCACAGAUCUUCUCCGGCAGCACUUCAACAUGCCUCUUAACGAGGCCGCUCGCAAGCUGGGUAUCUGUGCUACGGCGAUCAAGAAGGUCUGCCGUAAAAUGGGGAUCAGACAGUGGCCGUUCCAGCGCUUGAAACCGAUCCAGCGCCGUCUUGCAAAGCUCAGAGGACAGCCAUGCGUGCUGCCUGAGGUUGCCAUGGAGCUGGAGGCACUGGAGGCGAAGCGAGCGGCUCUGCUAGCGGGGCGAGAUAUCGAUGAUUCGGACAUGAAGCUUGAUGGCUCGCAGAGCGACUGA